UUUGCUCUACUCAUUCCUCAGUCACUCACUCAACAACCUCUUCUUCCUUCCUUUCUCCUCUUCCUAUCCUCAACCGCUCAAAGCCUCAAACCCAACAUCUCUUCUCUUCUCUCUCAUCUUCCUCUUCUUCUUCCUCUUCCAUGGAUGUGAGCUUCUCACCGAAGCCUCAAAUUCUCACCCUUAUCUCAUGCACACCGCUGUCUUCUUCUUCUACUUCUUCUUCUUCGUCUUCCUCAGCUCGCUCCCGAUCCAUCCGAAGAGAAUUUCUUGGCUGUGGCCAUAACCUUAGGCCUCCAGGUGGUCUCCGCUAUCGUAGACGCCACAGAAAGUCAUGGUCUCACUCUCAGUCCUCGCGGUUCCUUUUCAGAGCUGCGCUUGGCUCACACUCGGUCCUCGUUGUCUUCGCCGUCAUUACCGUCUCUGCUGCUUCGUUCGUUUACUGGAAUCUCUUUAGGCCUAAGAAGAAUUCCAGAGAGGUGCAGAGGCCUUCAAAUUUCGCGUUACCUCAGUUGGGAGGACAUGGCAUAAACCAUGUCAUUGAGCAUGAGAUGUUCGAUUUUGGUGAAUAUCGCGAAAUGGAAGUUAAGCAAUUGUUGAAGGAUGAGAACAUAGAGAAUAGUCAUGCUUCCAUUCAUAACGAGGCUCCCUUGCAGUUUCACCAAGCUGCUUUGAUGAACAAAGAGACUGUUAUCACUAACGCAUUACAGUCACCUACUUCGAGUGUCUUCGUUUCGGGCUCUAAUAAUUCGACUUUUAUAAACGAAUCUAAAGUUUUGGAUCAGUCUCUUUCACCUCUGCUUUCGGAGUCAGCUAUGCUAGAACAUAUUAACUUUGCGGAAAAGUUGAAUGGUUUGCAAAUAGAGAAGUUGCAAGAGGAAAUUGAGUCUGAGUUUAGCAAUGAUGAUGUUCAAGAAAAUGAUUCGCUUGUAGAAGUUCAUGAACCUGAACUAGAAAAGAAAGAACUUGGUGUAGAGGGAGAAACAAUUAAUUUCACUAGUUUUCUUGUUGAUUCGGUUAGAGAAGAGCUUCACAUGUUUUAUAAUGAAAGCAAAUCAGAGGGAACAUUUAAAGCAAACGUUAAUGGUCACAAAUCAUUCGCUUCCCAUGCUUCUGUUUUGUAUAGCAAUUCAUUUUCUACAAUUUCUAAUAUGAAAGGUACUGAAAAAUCUGUGGGGGUUCCCCAUAUAUCACCAGGCAAUGUUGAAGGAAAAUUUCCUUUUGCAAAUUACAAAGAAGGACCUCUUUAUGGUAAAAAAGUUCUGAGAAAAGGUAGAGGAGAUACAAGGGAUAUAAGAAAAGGACAUUUGGCUCAGAAUAAUUACCAAGUUUUGCCCCAGGUGCCCCACAUAAAUGGCAUGGACGUUGACAGCAAAAAUAAUACUUCAGAGCAGCUCAGUGCAUACCAUCGUUUGCUAAAGGAUGGGAGGUUAUCCAAUGCCUUAGAAUUUCUUGAAGAUUUGGAGAAAAGGGGUUUGUUGGACAUGAGUAAGGUUUACCAUGCAAGGUUCUUUAAAACCUGCAAAUUUCAAAAGACUGUUAAAGAAGCUUUUCGUUUCAUCAAACUGAUUCCUAAUCCAACACUGAGUACAUUUAACAUGCUUAUGUCUGUCUGUGCGAGUUCGCAAGAUUCACAGGGAGCCUUUCAGGUUCUGCGACUUGUCCAGGAAUCUGGAUUGAAAGCUGAUUGUAAACUUUACACUACUCUGAUAUCUACAUGUGCUAAAAGUGGCAAAGUUGAUUCCAUGUUCGAAGUGUUUCAUAAAAUGGUUAAUGCUGGAGUAGAACCAAAUCUUCACACGUACGGGGCACUUAUUGAUGGUUGUGCCAGAGCUGGUCAAGUUGCAAAGGCAUUUGGCGCUUAUGGUAUAUUGAGGUCCAAGAACGUGAAGCCAGAUCGAGUUGUAUUCAAUGCACUUAUUACAGCGUGUGGUCAAUCAGGAGCGGUUGAUCGUGCUUUUGAUGUAUUAGCAGAAAUGUCUGAAGAGAUACAUCCUAUAGACCCUGAUCAUGUCACAAUCGGCGCAUUGAUGAAGGCAUGUGCAAAUGCUGGCCAGGUUGAUCGGGCACGUGAAGUAUAUAAGAUGAUUCAUCAAUACAACAUUAAGGGCACCCCAGAGGUUUACACAAUUGCUAUUAAUUCUUGCGGCCAGACAGGCGACUGGGAUUUUGCGUGCAAUGUGUAUGAAGAAAUGAUUAGCAAAGGCGUGGUCCCUGAUCAGAUGUUUCUCAGUUCAUUAAUAGCUGCUGCAGGGCAUGCUGGAAAGCUCGAAGAUGCCUUUGAAAUUCUACGUGAAGCCAAGAACCAAGGAGUAAAAGUCGGCAUUGUAUCAUAUAGUUCAUUGAUGGGAGCCUGUAGCAAUGCUAAAGACUGGAAGAAAGCACUAGAGCUAUAUGAGGAUCUGAAGUCAAUGAAGGUGAAGCAAACUGUUUCCACUGUCAAUGCUUUGAUGACUGCACUGUGUGAUGGAGAUCAACUAGAUAAGGCUGUGGAAAUUCUACAAGAAAUGAACACAAUAGGAUUGUCUCCAAAUAAUAUAACAUACUCCAUUCUACUUGUCGCUAGCGAAAAAAAAGAUGAUCUAGAUGUAGGUCUCAAGCUUUAUUCUCAAGCCAAAAAGGAUGGAAUUACUCCAAAUAUUGUCAUGUCUAGAUGCGUAAUUGCCAUGUGCUUAAGAAGAUAUGAGAACGCUGCUAUGCUUGGUGACCCUAUUGUUUCAUUCAAGUCAGGCCGUCCAGAGGUUUCCAAUAAAUGGACAUCAUCAGCCUUAAUGGUCUACCGUGACUCAAUUUCACCCGGUAUUGUCCCUACAGUUGAUGUCUUAUCUCAAGUUUUGGGAUGCUUGCAGCUCCCACAUGAUGCAUCCUUGAAAAGUAGGCUCAUUGAGAAUCUAGGUGUAAGUGCGGACACAAGAAGACCCUCAAACCUUAGUUCACUGAUAGAUGGGUUUGGUGAAUAUGACCCUCGCAUUUUUUCAUUACUUGAGGAAGCUGCUUCUCAUGGGAUCGUUCCAUUGGUAUCCUUUAAACAAAAUCCUGUUAUUGUCGAUACAAGGAAGUUGCAGAUUCAUACUGCUCAGGUGUACCUUUUAACCGUUUUGAAAGGUCUCAAACAUCGGCUUGCGGCUGGUGCAAGGUUACCCGGCAUAACCAUUUUACUCCCUGUUGAUAAAGCCCAAAUCACAUCUCCAAAUGGCGAGGAGAAGACUGUCAACGUUGCGGGGAGGGUUGGUCAGGCAGUGGCGUCUUUACUGAGGAGGAUUGGAUUACAUUACCAAGGAAAUGAAUCACAUGGAAAAAUCAGAAUUAGUGGAAUAAUAUUAAAAAGAUGGUUUCAACCUAAGCUUGCUCCUGUUUUCAGUGGCAAACCAGAAGAGAUAAACCUAUCCCAGUUCCGACUAGGAAAAGGAAUUGCCCAUCAGCAGCGUGACAUUAGAGCCGGCAACUUGUCAUUAGACUGAAGUAGGCGAUGUCACCGGCAGACAUCCUGGAAGCGUCUACUUUUACUACGUAUGUUUCCUAAUUUCAGUUGAUGCUCUAUUAACAGUUUCAUCAAUGAUCAUUCUGGCCGGUUUCUGCCACGAGCCUUAGUUGGUUGCCAUACCAUUCUAGAAAUUUAUAGAUUUCCUAUAAGUUUGUGGCCAAUGUGAGCCGAAGACAUAGCAAAGUGAAUAGAAAACGUUUGGAUCUCAAAGCCAAUUCAUGCAUAGAGGAGAGAUCCAUGGAGCGGCAUAAGGAUAUUUUCCAAUUUUAUCUUGUAAGGUAAAUAAUUUGUAGGGUAUAAUAAGAUGUUUUAGUAGUCUAAAGAGAAAGGUAAAACAUCUCUGUUGCCAAAUAUCCCAACUCACUUUAUGUAUCUCUGUAUAAGGAUACAAACCACAUGUACAAGUCCCUUAAGAAUGAUUGUGAUUGAAUUUUGGUUAA